GGGCUCCGGUGGCCGGCGCCGGGGCAGAGCGUCUGGAGCCGCCUGGUCGCGCGCGUCGCUGUGUGGCUGACUGUGGAGUGGUGUCCGCUUAACCUGGGAUCCCUGUCUUGUCUCGCGGAGUUCUCGCCGCCCUCGACGGCCCGUCAGCCAUGGAAGUGCAGAAGGAGGCGCAGCGCAUCAUGACCCUGUCGGUGUGGAAGAUGUACCACUCGCGGCUGCAGCGCGGCGGCCUGCGCCUGCACCGCAGCCUGCAGCUGUCGCUGGUCAUGCGCAGCGCGCGGGAGCUCUACCUCUCGGCCAAGGUGGACGCGCCGGAGCCCGAGCUCUGCCCGAAUCCCGCCGGCUCCCCGGACCCUCGCCUGCACCCGUCGCCGCGGGAAGCCGAAGCCCCGGCGGAAGCUGCGCCCCCCGACGGCGAGCCGCCCUCUCCGGAGCCCAUGGACACGCAGGAAGAGGCGCCCCGAGCCGCGGAGACCCCGGUCCGCGGUGACCCGCGCCCCGCCAGAGUCAGCCGCAAGAGGCGAAGCAGCAGCUUGAGCGACUGCGGGGACGCCGGGCUGGUCCCCAGCAAGAAGGCGCGUCUGGACGGCGGGGAGGAGGAGGAGGGGAAGGAGGCGGCGGCGGAGGUCCCCGAUCGCCUGCAGCCCCCGCCGGCCCACGCGGAGGGCGCCUUCCCCAACCUGGCGCGCGUCCUCCAGAGGCGGUUCUCCGGCCUCCUGAACUGCAGCCCCGCCGAAGCAUGA